AUGAGUUCAAGAGUACACUCAGUUGAUGUGGAAAAAGAUGUUCUCCCAGAUGCUGUUCCUGAGAUUGAAAUUCUAAAGAGAAGAAAGAAGGAAGAAAUAGAGAAACAACAAGUUCUUGAAAUACAGGAACUGGAAAAAGCAAGUAAAAUUCUUGGAAAACAGUGUCUGAGUGAGAAGAAUGAAGAAGUUCUGUUAAUUCUUCAUACUGAGGCUAGACAACUACAAGAAGUGACCAAGUUCAAACUUGGAAUUUCAAAUACAAUUUAA